AUGGCAUUGGAGCUCUGGGGCGGUGGACGGUUUGGAGAUCUUUUUGAUGAUGAUCCAAAACAAUGGCGCAUGUAUGCUGAUUUCAUUGGCAGUGCAGGAAGCAUCUUUGAUCUAAUUACUCAAUUAUAUCCUGCCUAUUUUCUACCAUUAGCUUCUCUUGGAAACUUGACCAAGGCUGUAGCAAGAGGACUGAAAGAUCCUUCAUCCCGUGUGAUUCAAAAUCACUUUGCUAUCUCAGGGAAUCUGGGAGAAAUAGCAGCGAAGGAAGAGGUUUGGGAAGUAGGUGCGCAGCUGCUUGGCCUUGGGCUGGGCAUACUGAUCCUGGAUACACCUGGCCUCGUAAAAUCCUUUCCUGUGCUGACAUCGACAUGGAUGAGCAUGCGGCUUCUGCAUCUUUGGUUACGUUAUCAAUCACUUUCGGUUCUACAAUUUGACACAAUAAAUCUCAAGCGAGCUCGUAUAUUGAUAAAAUCUCAUAUUUUGCACUCUCGUGUGCUGGGAUCUGUUGAUUGCAACCAGGAAGAGAACAUUUUAUCAUGGGAGACAUUUGCUAGGCCACGAAUAAUUUUUGGUGUGCCCUUAGAGGAGAUGUUUGGUGGUGAGAGAUCUGUCGCCAAGAUAAAGAUGCUUCUGAAACUAUAUGCAAAGGAGAAACAUUUUCUUGUUGUGAACCAGCAGAAAACAGACUUUGAGGUCUUUGUGUCAUUCAAGGUGCGCAAGAAAACAAUAAGUUGGAAUGAUUUGUGGGUGGAUAAGUGA